UCUCCACAUUGAGGGAUUCAGUGGCACCGCCGGCAAAACCAGCAGCCUCACCCACACCGGAAGCCAGUUCAGUACUAAAGACAGAGACAACGACCGCUGCACCUGCAAGUGUGCGCAGCUCGCAUCAGGAGGAUGGUGGUUUGAUGCGUGUGGUCCAUCCAACCUGAAUGGCAUAUAUUACCCUGCUUCGUCGAGUAUUAUCCGCUACAAUGGCAUUAAGUGGUACUAUUGGAAAGGUCCAAAUCUGAUGGCCACCAUGACAACUAUGAUGGUGCGCCCCACUCACUUCUGAAUUCACGGCUUAUUUCUUGAUGACAGCCUACAAAUGGAAAGACAUUACAGACUGAUACUGAGACCAAUAAAAUCUACAUCUGUAGAGUUUAUUUGUUCAUUUUAUUAUAAACAACUCCAUGGACUAGUCUGCAAAACAUUGUGGAUGACGUUUCUUCAAUAAGCACUUCAAAGAUUGCCACCAUAUUGGAUUUGUGGUGAUAAAUAAAAGUUAUAGCACAUAAACAUUUUUGUACUAGAGCUUCAAACAUCUAAUUUUCUGUUUUAAGCAUUUAAAAAGUUUAUGAGCUAAUGCUG